UCGGUCUGAGAGCAGCACACCAUUCUCUCGUGCGAGCGUUUCGAGGAGGAUGGGGAUGAAGGAUCCUGAGACGAAUCGAGUCAGUCCCCGCAGUAAAUGCCGGUCAGGCUUCCGUCUCUGAAAACCGUCUCUGCCAUUGACAAGCACCAGACAAGCACCAGAACAUACCAAUUCCGCAAAUCACGUAGGUUUCGGCCGCAAAUGCGUAGCUGUACCACCCGAGGAGCUCCUUUUCGCUUGUUGGUCGCGCGUCAUGGCCGGCGUGACGCGGGACGAUGGGCCGUCGCAAGCCGGCCUCGCUGCUGCUCGAGCUCAUGUUGUAGUAGUCGUCGUCGUCGCUCGAUGAUUGCUCGUCGUCGGCCUCAAAAGCGGAGGUGGCGCUGGAGCGGAACGAUCGUUUGGAGAGGAGAGAGAGACCAGACCAAAGGCGCUGACCCUGGAGAGGCGGGCGGCUGGUCUGGACGUUCGGCGUCAUGGCUACCUAGAACUCCGGACUCCCGUGAUUCAGCCCAGUGCACGUGAUUGUCGUCACACGGCGUAGCCAGGUGAGCUGUUGGUCAGCUUCGCAAGUGGCUUUUCACCUUGCGGAUUACCAUAGCAACCCAGUGCUUUCCGCCGUUCUACUUCACCGAUCACCAGGCUUUAUCUCGUGUGCACCGGAAUGGUUGUGAAUGCGAGACGCGCGCAUAGAGGGAUGGUGUUGAGAACGGCGCAGUGUGUAGUCGCGUCGGUUGAUGAAGAGGG